UCUGUGGCACUUGUCAAAAUGAGAAAGUGACCAUCAGCGCCUAGCUUGGUAUUCCCGUCACCAGAGCCUCCUGGAGCCAGUGCUCAGCCCAGCUGAAGCCGGAGGAGGAAGGAGGAGAAGCGCAGCCUGAUCAGGAAUGUUUACCCUUGCAGAAGUUGCAUCGCUCAAUGACAUCCAGCCAACUUACCGUAUCUUGAAACCAUGGUGGGAUGUAUUUAUGGAUUAUCUAGCUGUUGUUAUGUUAAUGGUUGCCAUUUUUGCUGGAACCAUGCAGCUGACCAAAGACCAGGUGGUCUGCUUGCCAGUUUUGCAGUCUACUGUAAAUUCAAAAGCACAAGCCAGCACAUCAGGGAAGGCUGACUUUACCACUGUUGAAGCAACCACUGGUCAAGGAGAAGCGGCAUCAAUGCGAACGGUUUCCUUUGGAAGUGCCCCUGCUGUAACACCUGACAUACCUCUGAGCAGAGCUACCUCUUCUCAGUAUCAACCCACUGAAUCAGGCCAGGAGCCGAAGAAGGAGCAGAAAGAUUCUUCAGGCCGUAAAACAAAUUUGGAUUUUCAGCAAUACGUAUUUAUUAACCAGAUGUGCUAUCACUUGGCUCUUCCAUGGUAUUCAAAGUAUUUUCCCUAUCUUGUUCUCAUCCAUACUAUCAUUUUAAUAGUCAGUAGCAAUUUUUGGUUCAAGUAUCCCAAGACUUGCUCAAAAAUUGAGCAUUUUGUGUCUAUAUUAGGGAAGUGCUUUGAGUCCCCUUGGACUACAAAAGCAUUAUCUGAAACAGCAUGUGAGGACUCUGAGGAGAACAAGCAGAGGUUAACUGGUGCCUCGUCCUUGCCCAAGUAUGUUUCCACUAGCAGUGAUGAAGGAAGCCCAAGUGCCACCACUCCCAUGAUAACAAAAUCUGGCUUCAAAUUUUCAGCUGACAAGCCAAUGAUUGAGGUUCCCAGCGUCACUAUUUUAGAUAAGAAAGAUGGAGAACAAGCCAAAGCGCUGUUUGAGAAAGUCCGUAAGUUCCGAGCUCACGUAGAGGACAGUGAUCUGAUUUACAAGCUCUAUGUUGGCCAGACUGUCAUCAAGACUGUCAAGUUCAUAUUUAUUCUCUGUUAUACUGCAAACUUUGUGAACACCAUUAGUUUUGAACACAUCUGCAACCCGAAAGUGGAACACCUGAUUGGCUACACACAGUUUGAAUGUACACACAACAUGGCUUACAUGUUGAAGAAGCUGCUUAUCAGCUAUAUUUCCCUCAUUUGUGUCUAUGGUUUUAUCUGCCUCUACACACUUUUCUGGCUUUUCCGAAUACCUUUAAAAGAAUAUUCCUUUGAAAAGGUCAGAGAAGAGAGUAGCUUCAGUGAUAUCCCUGAUGUCAAAAAUGAUUUUGCAUUUCUGUUGCAUAUGGUAGAUCAGUAUGACCAGCUGUAUUCUAAGCGAUUUGGUGUCUUUUUGUCAGAGGUAAGUGAGAACAAACUGCGGGAAAUUAGUUUAAACCAUGAAUGGACUUUUGAAAAGCUGCGGCAACAUGUUUCCCGCAAUGCCCAGGACAAGCAAGAGUUGCAUCUCUUCAUGCUGUCGGGGGUCCCCGAUGCAGUGUUUGAUCUGACGGAUCUGGAUGUGUUGAAACUGGAGCUGAUUCCUGAAGCAAAAAUCCCAGCGAAAAUUUCCCAGAUGACAAAUCUUCAGGAGCUUCAUCUGUGCCACUGCCCUGCGAAGGUCGAGCAAACUGCCUUCAGCUUCCUCCGGGACCACUUGAGAUGCCUUCAUGUGAAAUUCACAGAUGUUGCAGAAAUUCCAGCGUGGGUGUAUUUGCUCAAAAACCUCCGUGAAUUGUACUUGAUAGGCAACUUGAACUCUGAAAACAAUAAAAUGAUAGGGCUUGAAUCUCUCCGAGAGUUGAGACACCUUAAAAUUCUCCAUGUGAAGAGCAAUUUGACCAAAAUUCCCCCCAAUAUCACAGAUGUGGCACCACAUCUGACAAAACUAGUCAUUCAUAAUGACGGCACUAAGCUUGUGGUACUCAAUAGCCUUAAGAAAAUGACUAAUGUUGCAGAGUUAGAACUGCAGAGCUGUGAACUGGAGAGAAUUCCCCAUGCCAUCUUCAGCCUCUCUAACUUACAGGAACUGGAUUUAAAGUCAAAUAGCAUACGCACAAUUGAAGAAAUCAUCAGUUUCCAGCACUUAAAAAGAUUGACUUGUUUAAAGCUGUGGCACAAUAAAAUAGUCAACAUUCCUUCCUCCAUUACCCACAUAAAGAAUUUGGAGUCUCUUUAUCUCUCCAAUAACAAACUCGAAUCCUUACCAGCUGCAGUGUUCAGUUUACAGAAACUUAGGUGUUUAGAUGUAAGCUACAACUCAAUCUUAUUGAUUCCAGUGGAAAUAGGUUUGCUUCAAAAUCUGCAGCAUUUUCACAUCACAGGAAACAAAAUCGACGUUUUGCCAAAACAGUUGUUUAAAUGCGUUAAAUUGAGGACUUUGAGUCUGGGACAAAACUGUAUUACCUCAAUCCCAGAUAAAAUUAGUCAACUGGUGCAGCUGACUCAUCUGGAACUGAAGGGAAACUGCUUGGACCGUCUGCCAGCCACGCUCGGGCAGUGUCAGCUUCUCAGGAAAAGCGGGCUCGUGGUGGAAGAUCACCUCUUUGACGCUUUGCCCUCAGAAGUUAAAGAGGUGUUGAACCAAGACACAAGCAUUCCUUUUGCUAACGGGAUUUAGGCUGAGGUGAACUGUUCUGCUAGCUGACUUCCAAACAGCAAAUGCUAAAAAGUAUGGCAAUUGUGAGACCAUGCGUUUUAGAAACCAGAAUUCCUUGGAAGGCAGGACUACUAGCAGGAUUAGUAAGAGGUGUAACCGAGUGUUCAAUGUUUGCAGUGUUUUAAAAGAUUAAUUCCAAAAUUUUUGAGAGGAUAAAGAACCUUAACAAUCUCAAUUCUUUUUUUCCUUGAAUUGUUUGUAACUUGGAUGCUGCCGCUUUUGAAUGUUUACAAAUUUGCUUGCCUGCUUAAAGUAAAUGAUUAAAUUGAUGACCUU